CCCAUCUCCUAAUGGCUCCGUAUACUCGCCCGUAACGCCCUCCGCCGCUUGCCAUCGGUGUACAGUCUUUUUAGACUGAUCAUUCCCAAACCAAUUUGCCGUCUUCCAUGCCCCUUGUACCCGCUCUCAUUGCAAUGAAUGCUGUUUGCAGCGUCUGUGCACAUUUUAUAUUCCAAAAUUUGUCACUCAAUGAUCUAGUCAAUGUCGCUACGACUUCUCGCCUUUGUUACAAACAAGUCUCCUCCUAUUGUCUUCACGCACGGCGUUUGGACUGGUUCCUGAGGUGUUUCUUCGUUGACAACGAAUUCGAUACUUUCUACGACUACAUGACGUCCGGUGUUGUCAUUUCUGGCGAAAAUUCCAAAUGUUUCCUCCUCCACGAAUCAGCAACGUUAUCAUUGACAGUACAUCUGCUACUUCCGAACUUGCCUGAUGUCGCCUUUUGGAUGCUUCGAAUUGGGUAUACAUUCACGCCAAACCCACUUCAGCUUCCCCUAUUCCCCGACCAUGCCACCCACAUUAAACAUCAUUUACCUUCCUAUCGUGGUUUGCAUUUCAACCAACGAACAUGGGUCUUCUGCAGAGGCAAUUGUUCAGUGUCUUUUGUGGGCGCUGAUCGUACAGUCAUCGCAGAUGUUCUGAAUUCAACUCAGUGGACUUCCUGCCUGAACAUUAUCACUCACAGCAACUUGUACUCCGCGUUUCCGAAUUCUACUUUGAACAGAAAGCUCGACUACUUCAUCGAUCAAACACAACAUCCUACUGCUAUGCCAUGCUGUUCCAGACUGGACCCCGAAACUCCGUUGCAGCCAGAACCCAGCUUACUCCCUUCAUUGGCCGAUGUUUUACUUCCCAACAGCGAAUUGUCAUUCCAAAUCAAGCGUUCUUUCACCGAUCCAAGAUCGUUGAUCGUUAAAAUCAACGCUGGUCCACAAAACGGUGCAAUGUGGUCGGACUUGACUCCCACAAUUGGAUCACAUUGCUGGGAGAUCAUUUAUAAUGUCAACUCAAUGUCUAUAAUCGUAACGCCUCCUACUCAGUGUCAUUCUUAUUGUAUCACCAACGGUAGCACCAUUGAUUAUAUUGCUCCGAACUACUGCUUUAAUGUCAUACAACACCAGAACAAUGAUGUUGUCCGGGAUCUCCUGCACGAUAUUAUCCACCGACACCGUCUCACUCCCUCAACACAGAGGGAUUCUUUCGAUGUAUACUCUUUCUCGCAACUUUUCCACUUUCUCAACCGUGUGCAACUACUUCAUCCAACAGGCCUUUACAUCACUCGACAUCAUUGGGUCACCAAUAACGACAAUGCUGUCAUCAUACUUACACUCUACGUCCAUGUCAUUCUUCAUCGAGGUCAAAAGUCCUCCUCACUCUGUUCUUUAAAUGGUGAAUUGGACGAGUUGCUGCUGCUUCGGAUGAACAUUCGGUUUACCUGGUCUUACGACCUCGUAUAAAUCAGACCAGUACUGUAACUUAGGUCUAUUGAUCAUGUGAUUAUUCAUUCUACUUCCUUCAACUACAUAUUGAUAUGUGAUUAUUCAUUCUACUUCCUUCAACUACAUAUUGUGCCAUAGUGUGCCUGUCGACCAAGCUUUCGUAGUCUCCGCCUCCAAUUCCGCCAGACGGGCGUCCUCGACUUCCAACUCCGGCGACGG